CGUGCGGUGCUGAUAUGCAAUCGUCCUUUCAGCAAAUAGCAAAUCGAUGUUUACAGUAAAUCCCAUCAAGGAAAACCCAGUUUUUUCUUCUACAAUGACGGUGGUCGUUGCAUUUUCACAUUAUAUCUGCUAGACUCGGCGAAGAAGCGAACAUUCUGCAAAAGCUGUGGUGAUACCUAGUAAACAAUAUUGAUACAGUGGUGUCUUUACAGUUAUUUGUUCCUGCUUAAAAGUUAAAAUGGCAGUAAAACUAUUUUGUUUGUUGGUGCUUAUGGCUAUUAGUCUAAGUUUAGUUGCAUCGAGGCCUGCAAGUUCUUAUACGGAAGAUUUACCAGACGUAAUGUGUAGACUUCCCGAAGUGAAAGGACAUUGUCGAGCAUUGAUAAUGAGAUGGAGGUAUGAUCCAAGUUCAGGGAAAUGCUUUGAAUUCGGUUUUGGAGGCUGUGACGGCAACGGUAACAAUUUUUCUUCGAAGAAAGCAUGUAUGGAUAUGUGUUCAGAAAUCCGAUAGUAUGCUGCGUUUCUGUUCAUUGUGAAGAAACGAGAUGUUAAAAUAACUGUACAAAUAUUUUUAUUUAUUUUUUUUUAGAACAAAAAUGCUUAAGUUUAUCAAUUAAGUUUCAAGUUAUUUAUUUUUUGUAUAAAUUUUUUAAUAAAUGUGAUUAAGAUUU